GCCCGCCCGCGGCCGCCGCCGGCUCGCAGCGACUCGGCGAGGGUUGUAUCGAGCGGAUCGCGCCGCGUUCGGCGGGUCCGGUGAGGCUCUGAAGGAAGGACCCCCCCGCUCUCCUCCUUCUCCGCUCUCCCUCCAUCUCCGCGGCUUUUCCGUGUUCCCGCCGCCUUUUUCCCCCCCCCUCCCCAACCUCCAUCCCCCUCAGAGCGCGCCGCCAUUUUCGCCGCGCCCCGUGGAUGUGAGGCCCAGCCGGGGUCCCGGCGCCGCUUGAGGAGCACGGAAAGGGGAGGGGGCUCCCGGCAAGACCCCCCUCCCCGAGAACCGGGGAUGCGCUGACGGUGGAGGGGCCCCCACCGGGCCGGCAGCGGCGAAGCUUUGGCCGGGCAAAGUGGGGGGCUCGUCGGAGGAGACGGCGGGAGGAGGAGGAGGAGGAGACGAAGGCCGGCCAGGCCCGCGGGCCGCUCACGCAGCCGCCGGGAUGUUGCAGAAUGUGAAUCCCCAGAGCAAGAUUUUGGGGGAGGGCAAUGCCGGCCUCAUGGCUUUGGCCACGGACUCCACACCCGGCAAACGGAUCCGGAAACCUUCGCUGCUCUACGAGGGAUUCGAGAGCCCCACCAUGGCCUCGGUGCCUUCCCUUCCCAAUCCUCAGGCGAAUCCUCCUCCUCCGGAGGUUUCCAAUCCCAAAAAACCCGGCCGGAUCACCAACCAGCUCCAGUACCUGCACAAGGUGGUGAUGAAAGCCCUCUGGAAGCACCAGUUCGCUUGGCCCUUCCGCCAGCCCGUGGACGCCGUCAAGUUGGGGUUGCCGGAUUACCACAAGAUCAUCAAGCAGCCGAUGGAUAUGGGAACAAUCAAACGGAGGCUGGAGAACAAUUACUACUGGGGGGCGGCCGAGUGCAUGCAAGACUUCAACACCAUGUUCACCAACUGCUACAUCUACAACAAGCCCACGGAUGACAUCGUGCUGAUGGCGCAGACGCUGGAGAAGCUGUUCCUGCAGAAGGUGGCGCAGAUGCCACCGGAGGAGCAGGAGCUGCUGCUGCCCCUGGCCAAGAACAGCCACAAGAAAGGGGCGGCGCGAGCUGCAGCUCUCCUGGCGGGGCUGGCGGGCGGAGCCCAGCAGGUCCCGGCCGUCUCCUCCCUUUCCCAACCCUCCGGAUUCGCUCCGAGCGCUCCCGAAAUUCCCACGACCAUCGUCAACAUCCCUCACCCCUCGGUCAUCGCCGCUCCGCUCCUGAAAUCCCUGCAGCAUCCCGGAGCCCUUCCCGCCAAUCCCGGAGCCCUUCCCGCCGGAAAUCCCGGAGCCAACCCCGGAAAUCCCGGGAAUCCCGGGAAUCCGGGCCUGGCGGCGCCAGCGCCCACCCAGCCCGUGGCAAAGAAAAAAGGCGUCAAGCGGAAAGCCGACACCACCACCCCAACAACCACCGCCAUCAUCGCCACCAGCGGCGGCGAAUCCUCCCCUUCCAUCCCCGAAAAUCCCAAAGCCGCCAAAAUCCCGGCAAGACGCGAGAGCGGCCGCCCCAUCAAACCCCCCAGGAAAGAUCUCCCGGAUUCCCAACAACACCAAACUUCCAAGAAAGGGAAACUUUCGGAGCAGUUGAAAUAUUGUAACGGGAUCCUGAAGGAAUUGUUGUCCAAGAAACACGCGGCGUACGCCUGGCCCUUCUACAAACCCGUGGACGCGUCGGCGCUGGGGCUGCACGAUUAUCACGAUAUCAUCAAGCACCCCAUGGACCUCAGCACCAUUAAGCGGAAGAUGGAGAACCGGGAAUACCGCGAUGCGCAGGAAUUCGCCGCCGACGUCCGGUUGAUGUUCUCCAACUGCUACAAGUACAACCCCCCUGACCACGACGUGGUGGCCAUGGCCAGGAAACUCCAGGACGUGUUCGAGUUCAGCUACGCCAAAAUGCCGGACGAACCUCAGGAUUCCGGCGGCGCCGCGGCCUCGGCUCCGCUUCCCAUUCCCAAAUCCUCAUCCGAGGAAUCGUCCAGCGAGGAGGAGGAGGAGGAGGAGGAAGAGGAGGAGGAGGAAGACGAGGAAAGCUCGACGGAAACGUCCUCGGAGAGCGAGGAGAGCUCGGAUUCCGAGGAGGAGAGAGCGAAUCGGCUGGCGGAGCUGCAGGAGCAGCUGCGCGCCGUGCACGAGCAGCUGGCCGCGCUCUCGCAGGGCCCCGUGUCCAAACCCAAACGGAAACGGGAGAAGAGGAAGAGGAAGAAAACGGAAAAGCACAAAGGGAGGGCGGGGCCCGAGGAUGAAGCGCGGGCGAGGCAGGCGCAGCUCCGGAGAGCGCGGAAAGGAUCGGCCGGAACGGCUCCCAAAAGCUCCAAGCGCAGCAGCAAAACCCCCGCGGCCGCUCCGGCUCCGACUUUGGCCGAUUCCGAGGAAGAAGAAGAAUCCAAACCCAUGACCUACGACGAGAAACGUCAGCUGAGCUUGGACAUCAACAAACUUCCAGGAGAAAAAUUGGGAAGAGUCGUUCACAUCAUCCAAUCCCGGGAACCUUCGCUCCGAGAUUCCAACCCCGAGGAGAUCGAGAUCGACUUCGAGACGUUGAAGCCGUCGACGCUGCGAGAGUUGGAGAGAUACGUGUUGUCCUGCCUGAGGAAAAAACCACGGAAACCCUACAGCGAGACCCUGAAGAAGCCGGUGGGGAAAACGAAAGAGGAGCUGGCCCUGGAGAAAAAACGGGAAUUGGAGAAGCGGCUCCAGGACGUCAGCGGGCAGCUCAACUCCGCCAAGAAACCCCCCAAAAAAGCGAGCGAGAAGCCGGAAUCGGCGGCGGCGGCGGCGGCGUCGCGACUCAGCGCCUCCAGCUCCAGCUCGGACUCGAGCAGCUCCAGCUCCUCCUCCUCGUCCUCCGACACCAGCGACUCCGAGUCCGGAUAAUUCCCGGGAAAAACACGGAAUUCCCGGGAAAAACGGCGGAAUUCCCGGGAGAAAUACGGAAUUCCUGGGAAAAAAACGUGAAAUUCCCGGGGAAAAAUGCUGAGUUUUUGGGAAAAAACAUGGGAUUCCCAGGGAAAAACGUGGGAUUCCCGGGAAAAACGUGGGAUUCCCGG